UGUCUUCCUUUGCUACCUUUUUCGCAACAAAAAUGGCAUUCCUACUAAUUGGCCUAUAGUAGGGAUGUUGUUUGCACUACUUGUAAACCUUCAUCAAGUUCAUGUUUGGUUAACCGAAGUGUUAGAGAAAUCAGAUAUGAAUUUCCUCUUUAAAGGUCCUUGGUUAGCCAACAUGAAGAUGUUUAUCACACUUGAUCCUGCAAAUGUGCACCACAUUAUGAGCAAGAACUUUACAAAUUAUCCUAAGGGAACCAAGUUUAAUGAAAUGUUCGACGUUUUCGGGGAUGGCAUCGUCAAUGUAGACUCCGAUAUGUGGAUGUUCCAAAGGAAAAUGGCGCAUACUUUCAUUAGCCACCCUAAAUUUCAUCCGUUUUUGCAAGAUACGGUUUGGGAGAAGGUUGAGAAAGGUCUAAUCCCGGUCCUUGAUCAUGUGUCAAAACAAGGGUUAGUAAUUGAUUUGCAAGACUUGUUUAAUAGAUUUACGCUUGACACUAUUUGCACUCUAGUUACGGGGUGUGAUUUAGGAUCUUUAUCUAUUGAUUGGCCUCAUGUUCCAUUUUCGAACGCGUUAGAUGAUGCCAUGGAGGUAAUAUUGUAUCGACAUAUUGUUCCUAUGAGAGUAUGGAAGUUCUUUAGGUGGCUUGGGGUAGGAAGCGAAAACAAGUGCAAAAAAGCUUGGGAAAUACUAGAUGAGUUCGUCUAUAAAUGCAUUGCUAAAAAAAGAGAAGAGGAAAAACAAAAAUCCAUGAAGCCUCAAGUUGGUGUCGAUUUAUUGACACUAUACAUGGAUGAAAGCCAACCUAUAAACGUGACAAACGUUACAAGUGCAAGUGACAAGUUUUUAAGAGACACUAUACUAAGUUUCUUCCUAGCGGGACGAGACACAAUUACUACUGCUCUAUCAUGGUUCUUUUAUCUCCUCUCUAAGAACCCGCGAGUAGAGUCCAAGAUCCGAGAAGAAUUAAGCACAAUGGAGACGGUCCAUGAUUACCAAAAGUUAAUUUACGUUCAUGGUGCUUUAUGUGAGGCCUUAAGAUUGUAUCCUCCUGUGGCUUUUGAGCAAAAGGCCUCAAUUGAGUCAGAUAUACUUCCAAGUGGCCACCAAGUUGAUCCGAAUAUGCAAAUUAUAUUCAACAUGUACGCGAUGGGAAGGAUGAAGGCCAUAUGGGGAGAAGAUUGUUACGAGUUCAAGCCAGAGAGAUGGAUAUCUGAAGGAGGUAGCAUUCGACAUGAACCAUCUUACAAGUUCUUAGCCUUUAAUGCAGGGCCAAGAACUUGCCUUGGGAAAAACAUGGCUUUCUUCCAAAUGAAGGCCGUCGUUGCUACAAUAGUUAGAAACUACACGUUCCAAGCAGUUGAAGGACAUCAUGUUGUUCCCGAUGUUUCUUUGAUCCUUCGUAUGAAACAUGGAUUCAUGGUUAAGGUUUAUCGUUCUCCAUAAGGAUAACACCUUAUUAGGUGUAUGUAUGCUUUCUCUUACAUGCUGUAAUUUUAGUAGUAUGUUCAGGUCGUCACAU